GAGUCGCUUAGUCACUUCCUUAUUUGGUCACGUGAUGUGAGUAAGCCAUCACUAGGCUGCUACACACAACAAAAGAUACUUCAUCAGUGCUUCCCCAAUGUCAUGUUACUUAAAAAUUUUACCUUUCGAAAUAUUCUGGAAUACAUGCGUUUUUUAAAUGAAAUACAUAAAUGUGACAAUAAAUAUACGUCAGUUAUGAUUAAAGGAAGAAAGUUAUUUCAAGAAAAAAUUGUGAGCGAUAUUCGAUGGGAACUAUCAAUAAUAUUAUCGGCAGGAUGUUGUUGAGCUCCGUGCGUGCUCAUGACGUCAUUUGCGUUUUUAUUCAGUAUUGAUGCAGGAGUCAUUCCCCUUUGUUUAUUUUAUUGUUAAUUUUCAUUGGACGAAAUGUAGUGUUGUUGUAGUGUGUAUCGGGCUACUGUUGUCAAGCACUAGUGUGUUGUAUACAGCCUACCGGAAGUCUUACUUGUUUUUACUCACAUCACGUGACAAAUCAAUCGACUAAGCGACUCCCGGUACUGAGACAAUAAAAGCAAAAAGUAUGUCAGUAAACAGUACCGUAAGGGUUAAGAUGGCCGAUAGAGGGGCAGCACAUUCGUGCACAGGGGGGUGCUGGUAAGUUUUUGCUAUUAUUUAUUAGAUUUAACCCAAUCUAAAGAUUUCAAUGUUGUUUUAAGACAAUAACAAUAUGUCAAAGAAUACGAAUAUAUCAUUAUCAAUAUCAGGAUUUUUAUUCAUAUUUCAUUACAUCAUUUUAAAAGGUGUUCAGUCUAAUGGACACAGGACUCAAAUCAAAACAACACCGGUGAUACGGUGACAAAAGAAUAAAAGUCACAGUCAUAGUCUAUGCAAUCGAUAUCAUUUUUAGUUGUGUUUAAAUGGUAUAAUUGUUAUCAAAGUAAUUACGCUUUAAGAUACAUAUAUUUUAGUCAGUAUUUAGUUAGAUCUCUUAUAUAGUCUUUAGAAGAUUUAUUAAUAGAUUUUAAAAUAAAAAAAUAAUGAAAAUUACCUAGGUCAGGUCCAGGUUUACUACAGUUCACUAAACUUAACUAAUAAUAGUACUGUAUCUCAAGUCGGAAUAUUUGAAUUCAACAUAUUUAAAUAUUUAAUUUAGGCAUUCUAAACUAUUAAGGCCUUAUUUAGUUUGUUGACAUUUUAAGAAAAUCCCCAAUUUUUAUAAUUUAUCUUAAAAAUGAAUAAAAAGAAAAAUCUUAUUUUCAUCAUCUAAACUGUUGUUUUUUUUUUUUUUACUGUUGUAGGCAAUACUCGGAGAAAAUGCUACACAGAACAACAGUUGUAUGUGAUUUUUGAACAAUCGUCAGAUAGCAAAGAAAUAUCCUCAUCCUCUGAUGAAAUUGAUAUAGAUGACGACAUUGAUUACGAUGAAUCAAACUCUGAAAAUGAAUAAUCUGAAGACGAAGAACAUUUGUCCAGACCAAAGACAACAAAAAAAGUGAAAGUCGCUCCCUUUGGCGUAAAACCAACCAAUUUGUUCCUGCUUGUCAGAUGUUAAUCUCAAAGUUAAUGAAUUAAGCUUACAAAAGAUUCAUUCAGUUGGAUUUGGUAUGAAAGAUUCGAAGUUUAAGCAGUUCCUGUUGGCAACCAAACACAAAAAUGCUUUUGCAAGUUGAACAGCGCACCCUGCGUUCUGCUGAACAUCCUUCUCUGCUACAUCUUGAAAAAGAAUUUGAAUCAAUAUCUGGAAUAUCAGGCAGAUGGGUACCUUGUUGAUAACAAAGACCUGGAUUGGUUGCAAGGACUCUUUUUUUUUUUUUUUUCCCUCAAUAUUUUUCAAAGCUGACAUCAUCAAAUGGAGGAGUGCUUUUUUCAUGCUUAGUUUCUCCAUGUCUUCUUGGUACCAGUAUUGAAACUAUGCAUUUACAGUAGCUUGGUCCAACAUUUUGAAUAUUACUCUGAUAGACCAUUUGGAAUUUAUGGCUCAAGUAGCGUAAUAGCUCAGAAGUCGACACCUCCCAUGUUGUGAUUACAUUGUUUUAUUUGAAAUGGACACUGUUGCUCUAUAUACUUUUUUACCUUUAUUGACCAUAGUAAACACUGGUUAGUUGGAGCCAUGGAUUCUGCAUUAUUUGGCACACUAGUUGAAGUUGCCCAUUACAUUCAUAUUGAGGGAUACAUCAGGCAAGAAAUCUCCAUGCUAAUUCUAAGAAAACAUUUUUAUUUCUUCGGCUGUAAUGGAACCGGUAUGCAGAUUGGUGAAAAGUCUGUAUCUGUGUAGAAAUGUUCAUCAAAACAUUGAUGGAAAUAAUCAAAAGGCUCAACCCUACGAGAUUUAUGACUGAGUUUUUAAAUCAAGUGUUUGCUUUUUAUUUACGUAUGGCAAAAAAUAAUUUGGAUCCUGAUGUCCAGUAGACUGCACAUCAAAUAAAUCAAAUAUGAAAUUCAAAAUUUUUUCUUUGAGUGUUUUUUUAGCAUUUUAGCAUCACUUAUAGCACAAUAAAAUAGGCGUCAAGUUGAUUUCACUCUAACUUGCCUCUCGGGAUAACAGAGUAGAGGACUGUUAGCUUUAUUACAAAUAUAACAGAGUAGGGGACUGUUAGCUUUAUUACAAAUAUAAUAGAGUGUCAGAAUUUCAGGAUAGUUAUUAAAUGUACAAACUUACCGCAGACCAUCAGUCGGCAUAGGCAUUAUCUCCAAAGGAUUUGACUAUUCGGACCCGGGUCACUGUAAAAUAAACGGCAUAUUCGGAAACAAAACAAUUUGACUAAAAAAAGACAAAUUUUGUGACAAACUCUUGUGCUAUAUUGAAUUUGUUUAUUUUGGGCCUGUGAAUUAUUUUUAAUUCAAAAAUAUUCACUGGACAUCAUCCAUCCAUGGUGAAGUGUUCAUCCAUAGUUACGACUGGCAUCAAUCUUUCACCAUCAUCGUUUCAUGGACGGAUAAUUGCAGACAGAUCAACUUCAUCCUCAUCUAGCCACUCAACAUUCUCUGAAUGUGCAUUUUCUCUUCUGGCAAUAACUGCCAUGAGUUCUCUUUGCCUUCUAGCAGCGAUUCUCAAAGGACGGAUGCGUUUUAUCCGAGAUUGGGUUGGCACAUUCUACCGAACCCGAGCUCUGUGUUGUCCUGCAUGUUUCUUCGACAUUGUUUGUGAGGUAAAAUAUAAGUAUAAGUGACAUACUUUGCAAUUUCGAUCAAGUAAGCUGGUCUGCAAAGAUGGAUAAUAAAGAUCAUAUAGUUGACAACUCCUGUUGAUCCAGGGGACUGCAAAUGGGGUUAUUACUUCCCUUGUCACCCAGAGUUAUCGUUCAAAGCACGAACAAAGAUGCCUGCUAACAUGGCGAAAACAGCAUUUGAGACCUGGCGAAAUUAAGAAAUUUUUACGGGAAUUGCAUCAGCUGGUAUCUGGAAAUAAAGCAGAACUAGUACAUCGGGCACAUGGCUGUGUAGCUUUGCGAAUUUGUGGAAAAAAACCCAGUAAAGACGAACUAUUCCAUCGUGGAAACUUUGUUACUAACUACUCCUUCAGGAGCGAAAAUGCAAUUUUAAAAGACUGGCUGAUGUUGGAGGCAAUGCCUUCAGAUGUCAAAGAUACAGAUGUCUACAACUACUUUGUGUUGAGCAGGUAAAAUUUAUUCCUAAUUAUUUAAAAACCACUCUGUAAUGUUAAAGAGCUGUUAGCAGUGCUACAAUUAUUUUCAACAAUACUACAGACGACAUACUAUGAUAAUACAAUAACACUAGUAUAACUUAUAAUUGGCCUACUAAACUAAGUCUAAUACUAAGCCCAGAUGUAUAUUAUAAUAAUUAUAUAGUAUAGACUACUGUAAUUAAGGCAUUAAGGUACUAAAUAAAUGAUUAAAUGAUUAAUUAGUGACCUAAUAAUAAUAAUAUUUGACAGUCUACACUACAGUAAACACUUUUAUUUUUAUUGUCAUCAUUCAUUAUAAAAAAAAAAAUUGCCUACCAGACAAGUAUAUAGAUCUAUUUAUAAACUAGUGUUAGUAAUUAGGCUUUAAUAGGCCUAAUGUUAAUUGUGUUUAAAAAAGGAAGUGUUUAUUGGUAGUUCACUACCAAUAGCUACUAGUGAGCUAUUGGUAGUCCAGCCAAUCAAAUCAAACCAAAACCAGAAAUUUAAAAACCUGCUUUCUAUGACGAGGGUGAAGCAAUGCCUCGUUCAUUUUUUACUAGUUUGUACUAGUGACAACACCUGAAAUGAAUCCUGAAAGUGUUUUAGCUGCAAAUUGCCAUUUUGAUACAUUCAAAGAUUUGGAAAAUGCCAUCAAAGCUUUAGAAGUGCCUCGUUCAUUUUUUACUAGUUUGUACUAGUGACAACACCUGAAAUGAAUCCUGAAAGUGUUUUAGCUGCAAAUUGCCAUUUUGAUACAUUCAAAGAUUUGGAAAAUGCCAUCAAAGCUUUAGAAGAGCUUCAAAAUGCUGUCUUUAUAAAAAAAGAGUUCUAAAAAGGUAAGCCUAUCUUAAUAUCUAACUAUCUUUAUUUAUUGCUUUUACAAUUUAUUUAUUGUUAUAAAGUGCUUUUUUUAAAAAUAGAUUUAUAGAUAUAUUAUUAUAUAGUUUAAGUAUAAUAGUAAUUUCAUUAGUAAAAGUUAAGGACGACUGCCACUAUUUUAUCGAAUAUCACGAAUGUAUCCCUAAAUCGAUCCCUAUGCCUAACCUGAACCCUAGAUCGAUUUCUAUGCCUAACCUGAACCCUAGAUCAAUCCCUAUGCUUAACCUGAACCCUAGAUCGAUCCCUAUGCAUAACCUGAACCCUAAAUCGAUCUCUCAACCUAACCUAAACCCUAAUUUACUGCAACUAUAAUAAACACCCAAAUGAUGCCGUGGCAGCUGUCCUUAACAUUAUCCAUAAUUUCAUACAAUAUACAUGUAUUAUAAUUAUAAUGUAUUCAUUUGUUUUAUUAAAUUUAGCUACCAGCUACGAAUGGAUCCAUUGAGUAUGAGACUCUGGUUUACCAGUUCAUACUCUAUGAAUGCAAGCAUGGCACAGAGAGGGCGUAAAAAUCAAAGGGCUUGCGACCUAACCAGAGGUGUGUUCUUUUUUAGAAUGUUACUGUUAAAUAAUAUACAAGUUAAGAACUUGUUAAAACUAUCUGCUACACUUUAAAUGACCAUAGUUAAUGUUAUUUAAAACAGUUUAUUUAUUUUAUAGGUCAUUAAAACUAGGGUGUCCAGCCAAAUUGAAAGUUAAAAUGGUUAAAGUCAAAGACAACUGGAAGUUGCAAGUAGUGCAAUCGGAUCGGAUUUAGUUCAUGCUAACCACAUGCUGUCCCAGGAGGUAAGAUGUUAUUCCGGAUACAUGCUUUUAAUGUAUUUCUAUUGUACUUGUAUAGUAUACAUUAGAUUCUUUUAAGUUAUAGGCUACACUUAGAUAUAUAUUUUUUUUUUUACAUACUCAAAUUGCUUUAAUUUCCUUUUUUAUUUAGAGUGUUAAUGCAUUGCCUGAGAGGAGAAAGGUCCAGCUAACCCCAAUGUUGAACACGCUGCUUCAGUAUACUUCAGUGUCCAACACCGAGCUCAGAGAAGUUAUAUUAAAAGAACAGAAUGUUGUGGUUGCUCCCAAAGAUGUCAGCAAUCUGAGGGCAAAGGUGCGUGUGCCUAAUAAAAGUACAGACCAGCAGGAGACAGAAAAACUUUUAAAUUAUCUAAUGGUUGAAGGAGGUAGAGUUGAUUUUGGGAGGGAUGGGGAGGCUAAUUUUAUAUAUUUAGUGUAUGCAUCACGUGAGAUGAUGCAAUGUUUGAUUAAGUAUCCAGAAGUUUUAGUAAUGGAUAUUACCUACAAAACAAAUAUUUAUAACUUGCCUCUUUUAACUAUAAUGGCCGUUGACAGCAAUGGCAGGGGUCACAAAUAAGUAAGCUAUCAAAAUUAGCAUCAAUUUUAAAUUCAAAUGCCAGACAUUAUAAUGCCCAACUGAUUGAUCCAGUUAUUAAUCAAAUAAAAAAUGAUUUAACACAUUUUGCUGCUGAAUAUGUUGCUCAGCAAUUUCUAUCUUUAGGAAAAGUUGAGUUUCAUUGUACUCAAAUAACAAGUGAAACCUUCUUUUAAUGUUUCAUGUAGUGGUACAAACACACAAUCUGUCGCAACAUAUAGUGGUUGCACUUGUUAUUUUUUUAAAGUUUUGAUUUAUACUGUAAACAUGUAAUGUUUGUAAGAAAGCAGAAUGGACUUUCCAUUUAUGAACCAGUGACUUGUAACCACAGGUUCAAAAAUAAGGCUCAUUUUGACUGCCUGCAUGAAACUGUACAAAAUACUGGUGCUAUUAAUGAACACAAUUUUUCUAAUGUAAAUCUAAGUGCCCCAGAGGACAAAUAUGUAUUGACCUUUAAACUUGUUAGUGAGAUUUCCUCUUAUUUGCCUUUGCUUGGAGACACUGAUUUUAAAGACAAAUAUCUUCAAGUCAGGCAUUUAAUCUAUCUCUUGCAUGGCAUUNAUCCUGAAGUGUCAAAGUGUCCUCUUUUUAUAGCCAUUUUCAUUGUUUCUAUAGAAUAGUAGUUACUAUCCUAGUGUCUCAUUUGUAUUUACUUAGUUUACAUGUUUUAAUAAUUGUAAAGCGCUUAGAGCUUUAUGAUAAGCGCUAUAUAAAAAUGCCUAAAUAAAUAAAUAAAUAAAUAUCACUGUGCCUAGUGUUGAUUUAAAUGUUGAUUCAUUACCCUGUGCUACUACUAAUACUGUUUUCAUUAAUGAUGUUGAAUUAACAUGCAGUGAACCUACAGUUACUGCAUUAACUGAUGCUGAUUCAAUACAUUGUCCAUUUGUUAAUAAUAUACCUUCCACUACUACUGUUCUUAUUAAUGGUGUAGAUUCACUGACAUGUUAUUCAACUAGCGCCAAUUGUAAUAUAGUUGAUUCACUGGCUUGUUCUUCUGCAAAAGCCGUUAGUUUAAUUGAUGCUCAAUCCUUACCUUGUAAAUCCUUUGACAAUGAACACUCACUUCCUGAAGCUGAUGCUAGCUAUUCUAAUAUUAUUUUAAAAAGAGUACGAGUUAAGGGCAGGCCAAAUAAUAAACAGAAUUUCACUAGGAGAAAAAGAAAACAUUCAGUUCCUUUAAAGUUCGACAAAUUGAAAGAUGAUGUUAAAUUUGAUUUAUAUGUAAAUGCAUGUGUGACAGGUGGUGCACCCCCGUACUCUAUAGAUCAAUUAAAGUCGCCCAAUCUGUUGGGUGCAUGUUUAGUGGAUAAUAAUUUUAGCUCAAUUAAAAAUAAAUUUCUUGAGGAUGCCUGGAGGGAAUUGUUGGCUUGAGUUAGUAUAAAAAGUCAAGAUAAUCUAUUUUCUUGCAGCUAUUGUCAAACUAUAGAUGAUGGUGAGCUAAAGAUGGUACAGUGUGAUCAUUGUCUGGAAUGGUUGCACUAUGAUUGUGCUGGCUAUAGAUCCAGUAUGAAGAUAAAAUCAUGGUUUUGUCAGUCAUGCUGGUAAUUUAAUUAUUUUUUUUUGAGCUAAAGAUGGUACAGUGUGAUCAUUGUCUGGAAUGGUUGCACUAUGAUUGUGCUGGCUAUAGAUCCAGUAUGAAGAUAAAAUCAUGGUUUUGUCAGUCAUGCUGGUAAUUUAAUUAUUUUUUUACUGCGUUAAUAUAUUUCCAUAAUUGUAGUGUGUAUUCUUAUUUUUUGGUAAUUUCAGUUCAUUCAUUAUUUAUGCUUGGUAUUGUAUUGUUAUUGAUAUAUAUUUGGUCUAAUAUUUUUCAUUCAUUUUAUUCAUGUAUAUUUUAUUACCAGCAUGAAUAUUUUUUUAUACGUUUCAUUAUGAACUUCAUUAAUUCAAUUCAUAAGGAAUUGUUUUGUUUUUUCUAAUCUAAUUUUGGAUGUUGCUAAUGUAUUAUUUAUAACAUAUUCAUUAUAUUGAGAUUCAUCUUCUUCUAUAUAUUAAAGACCCACGAUCAAUUUAUUGAUCAUUUUGGCUCGUUUCUGUGCCUGGUGUUGAUGAGGGCAUUUCAAUGAUUUCCAGUGUCACUUUGUGAGGGAAUCAUGCACUGGGGGUUUGAAGGCUUGAGGUAAUAGACACAAAUAACUCUAGCGUUGUCGCCUCAACUAUUCCUUUUGCAAUCUUGAUUGUCUUGGGCAGGAAGGAGCAGCUCCUAUAUUGGCUUCUUGCUGGUAUGAGCCUGAAUUGCCUGUCAUGGCCUUGUCGCUUUCUAUGGGGGAGAGGGACGAGUUUCUGUUUAAUACUGGAACAGUAGACCAGCCCAUUAUUUAUCUUGUACAUCAUGGACACCCUGGAUUGUCAUCGUCUUUCCUCCAAUGGUGUCCCGCCCAGUGUUUCCAGCAUGCUGCUAACACUAGAGGUAUUCCUAAAGUGGUUCAGGACAAAGCUUGCUGUUCGUUGCUGGACCGCCUCCAACCUGUCAAUGCUCUUCUAGAUAAAUGGGUCCCAGACUGAAGAUGCAUAAUCUAAAGCCGGACGGACUAGGGCUUUAUAGGUUCUUUCUUUCACACAGGAGUUGCCAAUCUUUAGAUUACGCCCCAGGGUCUUGGUUACAUACAUUGUUAAAAUGCUCAUCCCAGCGGACCUCUCUUUGAAUGGUAACACCCAGGUACUUCACGGGGGAAACUGGCUCAAGUAUAUGGUCUUGCAGUUCGUAUUGGUGGUGUAAAGGAGUACUACUUUUAGAGACUGAUAGUGUCUGGCACUUGGCAGAGUGAAAUUCCUUGUCCCAGCUCAUCUCCCACUCAGCCAACAGAUUGAGAUCCUGUUGUUGCUGAUCCUGGUCAGAUCUGUUGGCGAGUGUACUAUACACCGCCGUGUCAUCUGCAAACAGUCAGGAAUGUCAGAUUCUCGGGUAGGUCAUUAAUGUAUGCUAGAAACAAACAGGGGCCUAGCACUGAUCCCUGUGGGACCCCUGACUUCACAUCGAUUCACUGAAUUCACUACAAGGAGCUUGUACCAUACACCACUACUGCUUGACUGAGGAAGCUAGAGAUCCAUGUUUUAGUGGUGCCUUGGAUACCAUAUCUCUGGACUUUGUGUAGAAGCAAACUAUGAUUCACACUGUCAAAUGCCUUUGCGAAGUCCAUCAGAAACACAUUUGUUUUUUUUACUCUACAUGUUUAUUAUUAUUUUUUAAAAUAACUAUGCCCAAUUUGUUAAUAAAUGUAAUUAUUAAAUUUAUUAUAUUUUUUUUUAGUUGCUUCAUACUUGCAUGUUUCUAAUUCUCUGAUGAAUCUGCUAAGUAAGAAUAUUAUAGGGAUAGAAUGCUGAUUAAAACCAUAGUUUCAGUGGGCGGUGUGUCUUAAAAAAAAAAAAACAUGUGAGGAAAAAAGUGUUAUGUUAAAGGAACUAGUGUUGAGUGGACAGUAAUGAGUUCUGUUUUAGUAUGUAGUUUUGUAUUGUUGUUGAAAGUGACAUUGCUGUGGAUGUAGGGACAGGAGUGAGCUUUUAGGCUGAUUUGUUUCUCAUGCAUUUCAACCCACAUGCAUACAAAUUACAAAGGAUUAAAUACAUGAAUAUGAAUUGUUUCACUGUUUUGUGUUAUUUGAUUCUUACAAGACAUCAUGAGUGAGCUUUUAGGCUGAUUUGUUUCUCAUGCAUUUCAACCCACAUGCAUACAAAUUACAAAGGAUUAAAUACAUGAAUAUGAAUUGUUUCACUGUUUUGUGUUAUUUGAUUCUUACAAGACAUCAGCUCUGCAGGAGAUAGAAAGAAAGGUGUUCUAGACAGCAUACCCAUGUAACCUACAUACAGUUAAUGACAAGGGGAUACAAUCUUUAGUUCUGUUCUUUAAUAUUAUACAUUUUUCUGACGGUAACUAACAAACUGCAGUUGUUGACUAGUUAUAAAAUUCAAAAGUUUAAUUUUAAUUGCAUGGAAUUUAAUACCGGUAUCUAGUUCUGUCCUCCUAAUACUAAUAAUAGUCAUAAUUGGGUCUAGAGAGAUGUGCCCGGGGGUUAAAUCUUUGCCAAAGUAAAACCUGCUCAAUUGAAAAUAAAUCCGGCUCAGAAAUAUAGUUUCACUGUACGGUAGGGGUUUACAGUGUUAAAGUAUUUUAAAAAAAUAGUAUAUAAGAUAACAGAAGCUUUGGCCAAUCUCUCUUUAGGAACAUGAUUAUGUGGCAACCCCCCCCCCCCCCCCCCCCCGCUAUCCAUUUUCCAUUUUCUGGUGGGAGAUAUGCCUACUGAGUAUUAUUUACACAGUUGAGCACUCGUUAACUUAUAAAGACAUUGAUAUUUUUAUGGACAGCUAAUCAUAUUCUUUGGUUAAAUUGCUCAUCUAUAACAAAUUAUUUAAACGUCACCAAUUUCUAUAUACUAACUUACUAUUUAUUUAUUAAUUAUAAUUAAUGCUACGCAGAAUUUAUGUAAUUUACUCAACAGAAUCUGAUGAAAACAUAAGCAGUGAUAUAUAAAAUAUAUACAAACAUAAAACAAAGCGUAGCCUAGUGUGCUUUAAAAUCCUAUUUGGAGUGAAUUUAUGAGACUAGACACAAAAUUGAAAAUAGAUUUUGUUUGAAGUGCACCUCAACCAGACAGCUGCUGUCUAAGACGUCGGAAACAAAGACCUACUUAAGACUUACCAAGUGGCUAUUCCUACCCGGGUUUCAAAAGUGAGAGGUUGGGAAUAAAAUUUAAAAAAAAAAAAAAUAUUGAUAGGUUGUAUGACAAAAUUUGGUAUCAGUUUAACUAAAAUACACUACCACAAAUGACAUCCGAAUAGCAUUGGUCUAAUGGGAUUCGGACACCCCAGAAGUAAGAUUACAAAAAUAUAGUCCAUUCAAUUAGGCCUAUCUUUCAUUUGAUACCAAAUUUUCUCUUACAAACCCUACCAUAAUUUUUAAAUAUUUUUUAAUAAACCCAAACUCUCAUUUUUAAAGAGUGAUUUCAAUGAUGUAAUUUUUUAAAAAUAGUUCCAACAAUACUGCAGUACAUUCAGUACAUCCAUCAAAAUCUAUCACUAAUUAUUAGUCUUUGAUAGUAAUAAACUAGCACUAAUUACUACUACUAACUACUACAGGAGUACCAAUAGCUCUCUGGGGGCUAUUGGUAGUUGACUACCAAUAGCAGUAGCCUUAAAAAAUCCAAAUGAUCUAUUUAAUCAUCAAGUCAAUAUACAAAAUUACACAUACAAACAUUCGCUGCUCAUAUGUAAUUUAAGUACAGUAAUUAUAUUUUUUAUUUUUUGUCGCAAAUGACUAUCAGCAGUACGGGUUGGUUGGUGUAUGGCUCUUUGCUUUUCUUAACAUUUGAGGAAUAUAGUAAAUACUGUCAUAAUUUCUUACUCUUAUAUAUUGUAGUGCAUUAAUUUUCUCUGUCAUUUUUACAGAUUGUAAACAACUGAUAGCAGAGUGAUGGGAGCAUCACGACAACUGAAGGGCAGAACUAAUUUCCUAGAAGGACAUGUGCAAAGCAUUGCUUAUCAUCCUAUCAGGUAAAGAUGACAUUGCAUAAUACCAGUACAUUGACAUUAUUUAAGUAUUACUACAUUAACAAAUAGCAUAAUACCAGUACAUUGACAUUAUGUAAGUAUUACUACAUUAACAAAUAGAAUAAGAUGGUGAAUUUAUUUGUUUUAAAAUUUUAAUUUUUAUAACAAGAAACAGUUUGAAAACAAAAUAGACUUUGAAUAUUCCAUAGAUGUUGUAGCACCAUAAAAAUACCCUAACUGAUAAAUGUUUCAUUUAACUUUUCCAGAGAUGAUUGUGACCAUUGUUUCAUUCAAGCCAAGGUCAUGCCAUCUUUGCCAAGUAAGGAGGUCUCUAAGACACCUGAUUACACUACAUGGAUAUGUUUAAGCAAGAUCUCUGGACAUAUACAUUCUGCACAUUGUACUUGUACUGCAGGGUAAGCUAUUCUGAGUUUUAAUUUAUUUUAAUUUUAAAUACAAUAUAUUAUUGUGCUGUCUUCAUUAAAUUUUAUUGUUGUCAUUACUAUUUCUACUGGUAAAACUAAGCUUAUUUGGGAGUUUUUUUAACAAAGAAAAAGUCUUGUCGCCUCCUUAAUUUUAUUUUCCUUAAUAUUCUAUAAUACAGUUAUGAUUAUGACUCUAUUCAGUUAACUUUUGUCAUUGUCCAUAAACACAGUUUCAUUGUUUAGGUUAUCACAUAAAUGUUUCAGUUUUAUGACAGUAAUAGUUUUAAAAAAAUUAUUUUCAGAGAAGGUGGAUCGUGUAAUCACAUGGCUGCCGCUCUCUACUAUGCUUCACACAUUUGUGAGAAGAAGAAGAAUGGUCUGACAGCAUGCACAUCCCAACCUUGCACAUGGAGUGUCCCAAAACGUAAAAGGCUAAUAAGCCCCAAAAAAGUGACAGAGAGACCACUUCGGCCACUUGAGCGAGUAAUACUUACAUCCCCAAUUGUAAAUUUUUCUCGCCUGUGUCACAAGCUCUCCUUGGUGGAACCUAAUUCAGGCUAUGUGUUAACAACAGCACAGUCCUCUGAGUUUUGUGAGAAAGUAUUUUUGUUGCCUGAUGUGGAAUACAAUUUUAAGGAUUCUACAGACCUAAAAACUAAAACUUGUACGGAUAUUUUUGAAAAGUAUAUGCUCAAUUUUCCUAGUUUCGACGUCACUCGGAUUGAAAGAGAAACUAGAGGACAGGCAAGCAAUCUCCUGUGGAGAGUUAUUCGCCAGGGUCGAUUAACAAGUUCAAGUUUUGGACAAAUAACUAUAAGAGGGAUAAAACUGCAGUGGAUAAUAUUUUAAAAGAAGUAUUGGGCUACCGCCGUGUGCCUGAUGUGUCCUCUGUAAAGUGGGGAAGAUCACAAGAAGCUGUUUCCAGAGUUGCUUAUGUUAAAAAUAUGCAAAAAGAGCACCCAGGUCUGCAAGUAGAGGAGUCUGGACUCUUUAUGGAUAAGAACAAUAGUUUUUUGGCUCCCAGUCCAGAUGGCAUUGUAAUUUGUUGUAAUCAUUGUUUUCCAUCUGUGGGCUUGGUGGAAAUCAAACAUCCCUUUACCCACAGAGAUUUAACAGUGAAAGAGUCAUGUGAAAACAAAGCCUUCUUCUGUGCCAUAGAAAAUAAUAGUAUCAGACUUAAACGUUCCCAUCACUAUUUCUGCCAAAUCCAAGGUCAGAUGGGCAUAACUGGCAAACUAGGUAGAUUUUUGUUGUUUGGACAUUAAAGAUCUACACGUGGAAAGAAUCUAUUUUGAUGCCAUAUUUUGGUCACAUAUGCAGGAAAAAUUAAAGCAGUUCUUUCUAGAAGGUGUGGUACCUGAACUGUUUUCACGUCGAGUGCAAAGAGGCAAGUCUCUUUACUGAAAAAAGAGUGGGAGGACCAAUACAAAUUUAUUUAGCAGCAAUGUAAAGGUUGUCUGUAUCAGAAAGUUAAUUUUAACUUAUUUUUUAAAAUCUUCAAUUGUCAGAAUUAUGCAAGUAAAUGCAACAAUCAGUCCAUUUUUAAUUCUUGUUAAGUUACAAGCUUUUGUUUUUAUUGGUAUUUUCCAGCUUUGAUGUUUAAUUGAAAAUGACAGGUAAAAUCUUCAAUUGUCAGAAUUAUGCAAGUAAAUGCAACAAUCAGUCCAUUUUUAAUUCUUGUUAAGUUACAAGCUUUUGUUUUUAUUGGUAUUUUCCAGCUUUGAUGUUUAAUUGAAAAUGACAGGUUAAAUGCCUUUAAAAAUAUUUUCUAAGCUAUUGCAUGCUCAGCUGUACCUGAAAACAAAUCAUCAUGAAAUGUAAAUGCGGUGUAUAUAAUAUAUAUAUAAGGCAUUGCCAUAAUAAAAAAUUUUUUUUUAAUGAAGUCUAUAAAACUAUAAUUUAUUUAACAGCUGAUGCACAGAUAUUGAAAAUGUAGAUUUAUGUCUUGUGAUUGAAUGUACCGGUAUAUUGACAAAUGUUUGCUAUGGUGGUGUGGAAUCGAUAAAGUUAGAUGAAAGUCUGAGCGCACAAGACUCUUUUGUUAGAUUCUUGAAUUUGUUAUUAAAUUAGGUAUUCUAAAUGAAAAUUUCAUGAUGUAAAAUUAAACUAUUCCCCUAAACUCACUGAAUGGCUGUUUGAAAUAAUUUAUUAUAAAUCUCUUGUGAUCAAAUUAGUUUAUUUUUUAGCUGAAAAUGUAUAAUGCUAUCAAAAAACAUUUCCAUUUAUUUGGAUCAAUAAAAGAAUAUUAUCUGAUCUUAAAUAGAGCUUGGCUCAAUCAGAACAGGCCCACAAAUUUUAACUCUUUCUCCAAUGUUAAGAAAGUUAUGUGUAAAAAGAACAGGGACAGGGUUAAUUUUUAGACGACAGUAACAUGUAGUUUUGACACUCAUAAUCUUCUAAAAUUUUGAUGGCAUCAUAUCAUCAACUUGCUGUCUUGAGGGCCAGUGGAACAGUGGUGAUAAAUUAAUAUACAAAAAGUGUAUCCAACUGGUAAAAAUAGUGCUACAUGUAGACACACUAAUACAGAACCUAUCAGCUUGGUCUUCUAACUAAAGUCCCAAUCUGAUUCUCAUCAGCACUAGAAAAAACUCAUCAAUGAAUCUUAGCCUUUUCCGCUGGCCUACUUGAUCCUUUAAAAUAUCCUCAUGUUGGGACAGCUCAUCAAAAACCACAGUGAAACAUUUUGCAGAAGGAAAUCCUGUAUAAAAACGUACUUUCUCAUCACAGUUUUGGAUGUCUUCAAAAGUAAAUGCUGGCAAAGUUGUUUCAGUUGAAACACUCUCAUUUUCAUUUGCAGUUUGUGUGGCAACAUCUUUACUAAACUGGAUAUCCGUGUUGACUGCAGUGUUGAUUUUGUGCCUGAAAAUAAUGUCUGUCUACACACUUUUGCCACCACCGGCUGAUUCCUCCUGUAAUUCUGGUACCUUGCAGUAAUCAUGCAUCCAUGUGAAAGUGCUUUCAUGUUCCUGCAAUAGUAACAUACCAAUAUCUAUUAACUCAAAUCAAGAUUUAUUGUAAUUGUUCUCCUAUGAUCAUGUAUUUAACUGUGUAACUUUUUUUUUUUUAAAUCCAAAAAUCAAAUACAUAGGAAACUUUUUAAAAGAAAAAUAAAACUUUUAAGAAAAUAACCAUUUAAUCUAUUUUCAAUUGAUUAUAUUUCUAUUGAGCAUGGUUAUGAAAUAGUUUUGUAUCGUAGGACAACCAUUGGGAGUAAAGGGUCACCAAGCUUUAACAAACCAACCAAACCGUAAUAAAGCUUAAAACUACCCGGUACUUCAUUUGUACAUUGAUAUAAAAAAAUAUAAUAUACAUAUACUAACAACAACAACAAAAACUGCAAUAAAGCUUUUAAGAGGUUUAGGAUUACACAAAAUGUAAAUUCAAAUCACACGCCUUCAUCAGUACAACAAAAAAAACAUACCCAUAAAUUCAAUUAUACAGAAGGAAUAUAUAUAUAAUAUCCAACCCAUACCUAAAAAUGAUAGAAAAGAUUGAUCUAUAAACAAAUAAGAAUGUGAAAUAAUAAAAUAAAAUCUGACCGUUUUAUUGGUGGAGUCUGUUUCAUUUGUCACUGGAACUUGAGGUUGUUGAUCAUGUAGAACAUUGAACAGCUGCUGUGUCUGAUCUUUUAAUAUCUGGGGGUGUGAGGUUAUAGAAAUAAGAAAUCAUUAGCUCUCUAGUUAGUGGACCUACCAUAAUAACAGCAAACGAAAGGAUCAUGUAUACACAUUUGCUAUUUUUUAAAGCUGUUUUUGUGUGUGUUGUAUUUUGCUUCAUGUUCAAUUAUUUGUAAAAUAAAAAAUGCUAUACAGAUUUACAUUUUAUUUGCCUGUUUUAUUUCCAAGUAUAUAUAACUAGUUCUCAAGUUCUAAUUUAUAUACUCUGUAGGCCUAAUUUACAAAGUAAUUGUUCCAACCACUAACUUUAAAAAAUUAAUUAAAAUAUCAUUUGAUUUUGAUUACAUUACAAUCGAGAAGCUUACACUUAAACUUAAAUUAUUUUUCAAACCACACAGGACUUGACUUUAUGCCAGAGCCAAAUGAAAAGUCGUAUUAAGCUGUCAUUAAAUCAGUUAUAAAUAAUGAUAGUGCUAGUACUGCAAGUCCAAGUAUAAUUAUAAUACUCUAAUAAUUAGUAAUUAAAAUUAGUCUACCAAAUUUAAUCCUUGUUUUAAUAUUAAAGACGUAGGCUUAGUAGGCCUAAGCUAAAUGUAAAUUCAAAAUUAUAAAUAUAGGGCGCCUAUAUUUAGGCCCAUAUAAUGACACUUAUUGGUAGCAUAAUCAUAUUAUGAGCAUUCAUAUGAUUCAUGAUCUAUCACUAAGCGUAGGCCUAAUCCAGCCUAACCAUGCCAUAUGAUAUAAUUGGUAAUAAUCUUUCUCUCAGUAGGUCAGUAGGCUUUGCUUAAGUUAGGUACUUUGACACACAAUUUAAAUAUUGUCCGAUUGUCAUGAAUCAUACAUCAUUUUAAAGGGCUAGCUAUAAGCUUUACAACAACACCAAUUUCAUCUUUCUAUCUUUUAUAGAAGUGGAGUUAUGAGUUUUUUGGUGAUUUUUUAAAACCCCCUUCUUUAUCUUAGUAUUUAACUGAAAAAAAUGUGUGACACACUUUCCAAAUUUCUGCCUUAUUUUGCCAAAAACUUUUGGAUUUUAAAAGAUAAUGCUACCAAGUUUUCAAGAGACAUUCUCAAUGCAAUAUACAACACAAUAAACAACAAAACUUUUAUAUAUAACAUCAAGACUUUU